CAACACCAUGAAGUUUUCUACCUUCUUUACUGGAGUGCUUUUCAGCUUUGCGUCUCUUAGCACCACGUACGCUGCGAAAUCAUUCUCGGCUUCUAACCUGUAUUAUGCUGCUGGUUUGAAAGAGGCACAGCAGACCACUCUCCUUCAGGGGCUGCAGAGUGCUGGUGUUAAAGUCUUGCGCGUAUGGCUUGAUGGCCAGUCCGAAACCACCAAAGGUACUCCUAUCGACUCUUUCAACAGCCUUCAGGGAGAUUCACCCACAUCUUGGGACGAUACAGUUCUCAAUCGUCUUGACGGUUUAAUGGUCAAAGCACAUGGCUAUGGCAUCAAACUCCUUAUUUCUAUCCAUAGCUACAACGCGCUCGAAGGCAAGAAGGACUUCUACGGGAAGUGGUACGGAACUGGUAACUUCUACACCAACACCGAUGCCAUCGCCCAAUUCAAGGACCGCAUUGCGCAUGUUCUUGCCCACGUUAACCCCAGCAACGGUAAAACAUGGGCUCAGAGCCCGGAAUACAUCUUCGCGUUUGAGGCUCAGAACGAAGCUAUGCAUCCCCAGGGUAACCCCACCGCCCUCGCCUCAUGGCAAUGCACCAUGGCCCAAUCCAUCAAAUCCGCUCUCAAGAACAGCCAGGAUAUCCUUGUCUCCACCGGCGGCGGUGCCUACCUCAGUAACUCACUCCUCGAUCCCUAUUUCUCCUGCGCUGCCCUCGACGUGCUUGCCAUCCACGCCUACGGGACCGAUGACUUCGGAACAGCGAAGUUGAAACCAUAUGUGGACCGCGCAAAGUCUAGUGGAAAGAAGUUGAUCAUGCAGGAAUGGGGUGCGUGCUACACCGACGCUAGCAACAACAAUUGUAAUGGCGGUAGUCCUAUCAGCGCCAGCACGCGAGACGCGAACAUUAAGAAGUGGGCUGCCCAGAUCGACGCUGCCGGCAUCCCCUGGUUCUACUGGCAGAUUUUGCCCAACCCAGAUCCACACCAUGGUUGGGACUACGAAGUCGGCAUCAACGACGUGAACUGGGGUUCGCUGAAGGAGGCUGGACUAGCUGCUAGCAAGGCGGAAGCUGCUUUUGACUUUGGCAAGUGGCUGUUGUAGAGGGGGAUCUUUGAGUGUGAGACGUGAGAGAGAAUUGGGGUGAUCACAGCACUGGUACGCACGAGGUCGGGGUAUGUUGACUUAUCAGUGGUGGUGAUCAGUCGAUGUUGGAGUUAUUUUGUUCAAUCACAUGGAAGCGGAAGCGCGGUACGCAGAGAUGAUUCAACAUCAUCAUGCGAAAGAUGAGUGAUGGGCACCUCUUAUGCUAUGAUAAAUAAAGUAUCAGGUC